GGGCACUCACGCACAUGCACGGGGCGCUCACGCAUUAGCACGGGGCGCUCACACAUUUGCACGGGGCGCUCACGCACAUGCACGGGGCGCUCACGCACAUGCACGGGGCGCUCACGCACAUGCACGGGGCGCUCACGCAUUAGCACGGGGCGCUCACACAUUAGCACGGGGCGCUGUCACACAUGCUCGUGCACAAAUCUCCGUCCCUUGCACCUGCAAGACCGAAGCACCCCAGUACCAGCAGCCGGGGUGUAGCAGGAGACGCUCUGGACUACAGCUAGUCGCAAGGUAAUGGCCGGGGCUGGAGAGUCCCCUCAGAAGCCCUGAACCACCCCUGCUCCUCUCUGAGCGACAUUCCAGAAGUUAGCAUCACUGGGACUUGGAGGCUCUGAUCUCAACAAAGUGCCCGGCUAUGGCUGGCGAUUCUAGGAAUGCUAUGAACCAGGACAUGGAGAUUGGAGUCACUCCGCGGGACCCCAAGAAGAUUCCCAAGCAGGCCCGCGAUUACGUCCCGGUUGCCACAGACCGCACCCGCCUGCUGGCCGAGGGCAAGAAGCCCCGCCAGCGCUACAUGGAGAAGAGCGGCAAGUGCAACGUGCACCACGGCAACGUCCAGGAAACCUACCGGUACCUGAGCGACCUGUUCACCACCCUGGUGGACCUCAAGUGGCGCUUCAACCUGCUUGUCUUCACCAUGGUCUACACAACCACUUGGCUGUUCUUUGGCUUCAUUUGGUGGCUCAUCGCUUACAUCCGGGGGGAUCUGGACCAUGUCGGCGACCAAGAGUGGAUUCCUUGUGUUGAAAACCUCAGUGGCUUUGUGUCCGCCUUCCUGUUCUCCAUUGAGACCGAAACGACCAUUGGGUACGGCUUCCGGGUCAUCACAGAAAAGUGUCCAGAGGGCAUCAUACUCCUCCUGGUCCAGGCCAUCCUGGGCUCCAUUGUCAAUGCCUUCAUGGUAGGCUGCAUGUUCGUCAAGAUCAGCCAGCCAAAGAAGAGAGCAGAGACCCUCAUGUUUUCCAACAACGCGGUCAUCUCCCUGCGGGACGAGAAGCUGUGCUUCAUGUUCCGGGUAGGCGACCUGCGCAACUCCCACAUCGUGGAGGCCUCCAUCCGCGCCAAGCUCAUCAAGUCCCGGCAGACCAAAGAGGGGGAGUUCAUCCCCCUGAACCAGACGGACAUCAACGUGGGCUUCGACACGGGCGACGACCGUCUCUUCCUGGUGUCUCCACUCAUCAUCUCCCACGAGAUCAAUGAGAAGAGCCCUUUCUGGGAGAUGUCUCGGGCUCAGCUGGACCAGGAGGAGUUUGAAGUCGUGGUCAUUCUAGAAGGGAUGGUGGAAGCAACAGGCAUGACUUGCCAAGCACGGAGCUCCUACAUGGAUACAGAGGUGCUCUGGGGCCACCGAUUCACACCAGUGCUCACCUUGGAAAAGGGUUUCUAUGAGGUGGACUACAACACCUUCCAUGAUACCUAUGAGACCAACACACCCAGCUGCUGUGCCAAGGAGCUGGCAGAAAUGAAGCAGGAAGGCCGGCUCCUCCAGUACCUCCCCACCACGCCCCUGCUGGGGGGCUGUGCUGAGCCAGAGCUAGAUGCAGAAGCUGAGCAGGAGGGAGGGGAUGAGCAGGGGCUGACUGGGUCCCGGGAUACCAGGGGCUCGGUGUGAGAGCCACACUCUCCUCACAACCUCACCUCACUGGCUCCUGGGAGCACGGGCACUGCAGGGGGUGGGAGUGGGGCAGGGGCACAUAGCUGAGUGUGCUGCUUAGGGGCUAUUUGGGGGGAGAAACAAUAUCCAGCCCUCCCAGCUCCCAGCUCAGGACCUCCCUGAGCAGGCAGCAUCCUGGUUGGACCCCCCAUGACAUGCUGUCUCUAUCAGCAAUGGCCAAGGGGGCCAGGUCAGGAUGAGUUUCCCCACAGUGAAUGGCACAGGCUGGUGUCUGUCCUGUCUCUGCCAACUGGCAUUGAGUCACUUCCCUUUUUGGGUCUCCUAGACCCUGCCAGGGGCUGACACCUAGAGAGGGCUGUCACCCACUUCCUCAUUUCCACCACCCCAGGGCCUGUCAUGGAUUCAGAGAGGAGCAAUUCUGCCUGGGAAGAGGCCUGGGAAGCUCAGGCCUCUGCUCCAGGGUGGGCUCACAGAGCUCCCAUGGGUUAGGGUCUAUUGAGUCAGGAGGCAAUUCCCGUUAAACCAGACCCAAUGACCAGUUAUUGAGUGCUAUGGAGUGUACAGCCUUGAUGGUAUCUGCUAUUAUCUGUAAAGUAUGUUUCCCUCUGCUGUGUUCUGCGUGUCCAAUGUAGCCUAUUGGAUAAUUGAUAUCCUUAGAGUGACUCUCAGAAGGUGGCCUGGGCCGCAGAGCCCCCCUGAGUGGCAUCAGCACUUUCUGGCCCACCCCCCAACCACAUUGCACCUGCACCUCCCACCAGAGGGAGAGCCCUGGCAGCUAGGCCUUUUCUAGGGCUUUUUGGCCCAAGCCCCUCCAAGUGCUUCUAACCUUCACCAUAGUGUUCUUCGCAGUCUCAGAGAGCCUGUGGCGUGAUCUGGGGAGAAAGCUGGGUUUCAGAAGGCAAGCCCAGACAGCUGGUGCUGAAACAGGGAGGGCAGAGGGGAAAGGAAGACAGAAAGGAAGGCCAUGAAAAUUUCAAAAUAAGCGUCUGCCUCAAUUGUUCCCAAGAUGCUCUGUUCUCAGGGCAACACACUUUUGCUAUCAAGGUGAAUAAUGGGGUGUGAAUCAAAAGUGACAGGAGACUGCAGCGGCAGCCUCACUGUCAAGCCUGGGCUGGACAAACUCUCAGGCCGCUGCUGAGAAGCCCCUGCUCCCUGCACUUACACGCAGGGCUCCACCAGGCCAGGAUGACACCCAGGGAAGGGGAGGGCUGCCCCCCAGCCUGGAAACAGGAGGGCGAGGGGAGUCGGUGGGAAACUUGGGAAGGGAGUGACUGUUAAGAGAACAAGAAUAGAGGAGAGUCUUAAAAUCAGCAAGUGCAGAGGCUUUUCUUUUACAAUCUGGAGGCCCAGGAAGCGUGAGGGCGGGUUGUGCAGACUGCCAGGGGACGGAGCAUGUGCUGAGACUGACAGGCUGCUGCUGAGCCCACCUGACCUGGAGAGAGCUCAGGUGUUCCCAGGCAUGGAAUUACGGAGGCCUCGCCCACAAUUUUCACAGCUUCCAACUGGCAUCGUCUUGCCCUGGGCACGAAAGCCUUCCCCAGAGUAGGAGCAGAGCCACAGGGAGGCCGAAAGUUAGGGCAGAGCAGAGGGGAAGGCUCUGGGUCUCAGGCCCACUUCCCUAUGGGCCGGACUUUCCAGGUCCUGGGGCUGGUGGGAGAGGAGGGCAGCCUGGGCUGGGGAGCCAGUUGGCUGCCCGCUCUGGGCGGGAUGGGGGGUGCAGGGGGGGUUUUUGUGCUGGGCUACUGGGCUGG